GUUAGCCAUGACGAAGUGCAAUCGAUCGAGAUCAUGUUAGAUCAAUAGCAGUACUAGUACGCCAUUAGUUGUUUGAACUUCUACCCUAUCCGCAGAAGCAGACAAGACGAUGGGAGAUAAUGAAGGCCAGAUGUUGAGCACACCACGGGCUAAGAAGAGGUCGAGCCAUGAUCAGAGGCGUCAAACUCGGUUGGGGCAUCAGUCGCCGAUCAUUGUCCAAUCCCCACAAAUCCAUCAUCCAUCACCAUACCAUCAACUGUCAACUUCCGACAGCGAUUUUGUCAUGGCUGAACCAGACGACAACGUUUCGCCAUUCGAGGCUCCUCAGAGAUAUAACCAAUCCGAUUAUUUCGGUAAUGGACCCCUGGGAGCCUCCUCCACGUUACGGCACGUCCGACACAUUUCCAAGCGUGUCGGAUUGGCCAGCAAAAAAGUUAUUUGGGAUUCCAACGACAAUGCAAUUGAUGCGGCUCAGAUUGCGGUGGAUCAGUGGGAAGAAUCCUAUAAUGCCCUUCGUGGUCUCUUGCUAGCGACAACCAACAAUGCGGUCAAGCUCUACGGUGCUGCCAAAGCAGGCGCCACUGGCUUGGAACAUGGAAUCUUGGUGCCUGUACGAGAUUGGAUACUCCUUCCGGCAUUUGACGCUGCAGAAAAGACUGUGGGAUUCUUGCAGAGCGAACAAGCCCAUCAGGCCGCAUCCCAGUCUCUGCAAUUGGUCCAGCAAGUUCCAUGGGUAGGACCCACUGUAUUGGCACCUUCGAUGGUAUUAUGGGUCCAAGUGGUGCAAACAUCCUGGCAAGUUGCUCUAUAUCCUGUUCCUUCACGGCAUCAAGUACGAAACAGCGUUGAUUUUGUGUUGACAGGCACCAAAUGGGCCCUGAGCACAGCUGCCCGAGAGAUACUGUUUUACAUUAAGCGAGCUGACGCUAUUAUCACCCGUACCCUCAGCCACACACAAUGGAAGGUGCUCGGUUCAGGACCGUAUGCAACUCUGGACAAAUUGAAUAAGCAAGAAGUUAUUGAUCACCUAUGCGAGCGAUAUUUCAGUCUCCGUGGUACCAUUACCCGCUAUGAGCUUGCGGCCCAUGUCCGAGAGCACAAUUUACCACUGUACCGGGAUUUGGUACUGACUGGAAUACUGCGUGAAAGAGGGGGAAGUUUGACCAAAGACGAUGAGUGGUUAUCCACUUGCCCGUCCUACCGCAAAAAUUCGAAAGAAGCAUUCCUGUUGCCCAACUACCAUGUGGCCGACACUGCCGAUGCCGAUCUUGGCUCGGAUUUGACAGAUGCCGGAUCUGCCCUCUGGUUUAGAUUGCCGUACAUCAAUGGGAAGAGACCAAGCAGGGACACGCCGUGGGUACGUUUCAAUGGUGAUGACCGAGCCAAAUUAGAACGUAGGUACCUGGAUAUAGUUCAAGACGGGACCAGCACGAGAUCGAGCCACCUCAAUCCGUCUCCAGAAAAGUCUGAGUCACUUGAAGAAACUGGUUUGGAGCAUCCUGCAUCAUCAAGAGAAGUCUCAAAGAACGACAACGAUGUCAAAGACUACUCGUCGUGUCAAUCCCAAGAUUACGGUGGAGAUAAUGCCGAAAUGGGCAUGGGUGUCUCGUCGGGGUAUCCAACGGUAGCCCAAUGGUACGUUCCAGACUUGGAGAGGGACGUCAUGGUUGAUCAGAAGCGACAUUCUGUUUCCUAUUACAUGUGUUGCCCUCGAUGCCGGAAGAGACAUGAAUCGUUCUCGCUGGAACAAGACGUUCGUUCAAAACCUCCCAGUUUUGGGGAUGUUUGUCGAAGCUGUGCUGACAGUGAAGCCGCAUUGGCCAUGCUAUCCUCGCCUCCUCUGUCCAUGGUCAUGAGACCCAACUUGUGGAGAUUCCAUGGUCCGGGAGAUGAAGUCAGACGGGCCGUCUGGUUUUUGGAUACUAGACGGCAUGGUUUGCAACCCUUUGGUGAAGAAGCGCAGGCAGUGUUGGAAGAUGCCUACUUGUUUUUGAAGUGGAGACGAGAAUGCCUGAAAGAGGGCCUCGCAGAAGGGAGGGAUGACACAACGCUGCAACCAGUUCGGGAAAGCACUUGCCCUGAAGACGCAGACGCCCCCGAACGGAAAGUGGAACAAGAAGGCCACCUGGACGAAAAUGCCUUGCUGACGGUUCAAGUCGAAAGCCCAGAUGGAGGUGAACAGCAACUUGUUCAGUUUUCAUCCCUUACAGCUGCCACUGCCAUCAAGAAGGGGCUUGGAGGCGCCAUUUCGCUCUUCAAGCGGAGAGUCUAUCGUGGAGCGGAUCUGUCGCACCCCAAAAUUCCUGAAUCUGUUUUUGGUGUCACUCCUGAAGCAGUCUUCUCUGGUGACUUCAGUCUGAAAUCGCAGCAUCAACCAGAAGCCGACAACAAUGAGCAGAAUGACGAAAACGAAGAUGACGAAGAUUGGGCCGUAUUGCCAGUGGCGAGCAGCAAAAAGUCGUUGGCAGUUCCUUCGACACAGUUUGAUGAUGUGGACCGAGAUCCCCAAAGGCAAAGCGACGAUGACACUGACAGAACCGACGACAUCGAUCAUCUCGUUCUGAUGGUCCACGGAAUAGGAGAGAUGCUUCGUUCGGUGGACUUGUUUGGUCUCCAAAUCACAAACUUGUCAACCAUCGUUGAUUGCGCUGGAUUCCUGAGACAGAAUCAUGCCGAGGUACAAAGCGCACGGUUUUCUCACAUGUACCCAACCCACGAGUCUGUUCCAACUGUAUCGACGGGGAGGGUUGAAUAUCUACCAAUUGAAUGGCACGAAGCUUUUUCUAUCAUGUCUCAGCGCAUGUCUGCUCCAUCUCAGUUUGAGGCAUCACCAAUAGGGAGACAGCUUGUCAAGGCGGGAGGACGCCAGUCUCGAGUUAUGAUGCAAGACAUCUCUCUGAGGACCAUCCCUCAGAUGCGAACUUUCGCGAAUGACACGUUGAUGGACGUUCUCUUUUUCAUGUCCGCUGAGCAUCAUGACACGAUUAUUCAAAUUUGUACAGCUGAGAUGAACGUGGUUGUGCAAAAAUUCAAAGCGUUGACGGGCUUUCGUGGUAAAGUUUCUAUUAUUGGCCAUUCGUUGGGAUCAAUAAUCAGCUGGGACAUCCUAGCUCAUCAGUUUCCCAGCAAGGUGAUGGACUCUUUCAUGAGUGGAGAUGAGCCUCAUGGCGACAGCAUACCAGUAGGCGGGAAAAGUGACGUGAGAAGCCAUAACGCAGAGGAAUGGGAGGACGUCUCGACUUCAUGUCCCGAGUCACCCGAAGACAGUAACUUCGAAUCCGCUGAGCUACAAGUUCCGAAUUCUUCUGAGCACAAGGGCCUGGAAGUCAGCAACGUUAGAACGUACGAUUCCUUCGUCAGAGACCCAUCUUCCUCGUGGCAAUAUCCAAAGCUACAGUUUGAUGUCGACAAUGCCUUUAUGUUGGGAUCGCCUAUUGCUGUUUUCCUCAUGGUGCGCAAUCAACGAAAACCGCUCAGUGCGGACUAUUCACUGGGCGGCUGCUCUCGUGUAUUCAACAUCUUUCAUCCCUAUGACCCUGUUGCCUAUCGGAUUGAGCCACUUAUCGACCCUCGCAACAGCGAAUUUGAGCCUAGAAUCAUGACCCACUGGAACGGGGGAUUCCGUGUUCAAUACCAAACGAAGCGUCUGUGGAGAAAGUUGAUUCAGACGACCAUGCAGACGCAGCAGACAGUCAUUGAGCGACUCGAAGAAGGAAUUGCCGGGAUGGGACUAUUGGAUGCUGUGGGCGAUCUCAAUGACGAAGACAAUCAGCCCGUUCGUGGCACGCCUGAUGAUGACCAAGCCACCAAUCAUGUGGCCACGGGCAAGCUCAACGAAGGCCGCCGAAUAGAUUACAUGUUGCAAGAAAAAGAAAUUGAAGCUGCCAACGAGUACGUCGCUGCUUUUGCUGCGCACUCCGCCUACUGGCAGGAGAAGGACCUUAGUCUCUUCAUAGCACGGCAGAUCUACCUGAGCAGGCUCGCUCGAGAGCAAGCUCUACACUUUGAAGACUUGCUGCCGUUUCACGACGCAAUAUCAUCACCUCAUGCCAAGUAAGAACCCAUAACGACUUCCGUAGGACAGACAUCUUCUUCUUUAGAUUGAUGCACAAUAUGUAUUUCUAAAACCUAAAAGGUAGCUUUCCAGGGCCGACGCAGAGAACCCAAGACGACCUCGGAUUCUCUCCCGGCCGUCCACUGCGAAGUGAUGAAGUAGAGCAAGUUUCACGGCUAGCCCGUCUUUGGAUGCUUUCCAAUGGUCGUGAAGAUACUUGGUUGCAGCAUCUCUUCGUUUUUAGUUCGAAGUUCAUCCUCGGUGUCCUCUUCCUCAUUGCUUACUGCAUUGCUUUCCUGCAGGGGGGGCUCUUCUGUCACCACUUCACCUACAUUGUCAUGGUCAAGGUGACUUGUCUGCUCUGUUGAAGCCCGGUCAUGGCUUCCAUCUGUGACUUGUUGUUCCUUGUUAGCCAUUUUUGCUUCGCCCGCAUCAUUUGCAUCGCCAUCGUCCUUCUCUUCCUCGUUGCUCGAUUCAUUGCUUCCCUGUACCUGGCACUCUUCUGUGACUACUUCACCUACAUCACUGUGUUCAUGGAGACUCGUUUGCACCGUUGGAGCCUGGUCGUGUCCAUCUUUGACUUCUUGGUCCUUGUUUGCCAUUCUCCCACCGGCAUCAUUUGUGUCCUCCUCGUCUUCCUCGUUGCUCACAACAUUGCUUUCCUGCCUCAGGUGCUCUUCUUUCAUCACUUCACCUACAUUGUCAUGGUCAAGGAGACUCGUUCGCUCGGUUGAAAUGUGGUCAUGGCUUCUGUCUUUGACUUCCUGGUCCUUGUUAGCCGUUUUUACUCCACCGGCAGCAUUCGUGGCGUUGUCGUCGUCCCUGAAGUCCUCUACUGAGUCAUUGCUCCCCUUUGGCGACUCGAGCUCGGAAAAAGACAGUGCCGCCAACAAGCUCAUCCGUGCUUCUUGGAUGGAGCUGUCAUUGUCAUCUCCUCCGACCCGGGCUCCUAUUCGUUCUCGCAGGGUUGACUCCAGGUCAGAUAUAUCUGUGAUGGCUGUUGAUUCCAGGUCAGAUAUAUCUGUGAUGG